CGAGGCCCCGCCCCCUCCCCAGGCUGCUCCGCCGGGCCCGCCCGAGUAUGAGUGGAACGUUAACUGCCUGCCCAGGGAGGGGACACCCUGUAAUGAUAAUCCAUGGAGCCCAGGGGAAUUGUCAAAGCCUUUCCAAAGAGGAAGAAGAUGAGGGAUGACUCAGAGAGGAAGGUCCCUCCAAAGGUCCUGAAAGAGGAGGAAACUGGGAGCAUUGAAGAAUGGCUGAAGCCGGUCACAGCCUACGUGCUGCCAGCGGGCAUCGGGCGGGCCCGGGCAGAGAUCUUUCACACGCAGAUUGUCCAGAAGGGGGGCCGCGUCUGCAGCCAGUUCUCCUCGGAGGUGACGCACGUCAUAGUGGCAGAAGACAUGGACUGCGACCGGGCCUUUCGCCUCCUCAGACUGGCCAGGCUUCCCCCCGGGAUCCAGCUGGUGAAGGCAGCCUGGCUGAGCUUGUGCAUUAGAGAGCAGAAGCUGCUAGAUACCACUGGGUACAGCAUCUUCAUCCCAGACAGGUACCUGGAGGAGGGGGAUCUGCCGAAGGGGGAACAGCAGCUCCUGAGCAGUGAGACUGUCCAACCCCAGCCAGGAAAGGACGCACUGGAGCUGAAGGCUGAAGCACAGACAGCAGCCAUGUUGCCUCUGGGCCCAGCCACCUCAGUACAGCAACAUGUGGAGGAGCAAAGCCUUCAAACCCAGAGGGUCUCUGAUGAUGAAGGAAGCGAAGGGGAAGAGACCAGCGUCACCCAGGGAGACCUGGAAGCACUAAUUUCAGGACGUUGCCCUGACACCUCUUCGGGGCCGUCCAGUGGCAGCUCUACCACAGUGCCCCCUGCUGCUGGCAAGUGGGUUUGUGCUCAGUCCUCUGACAGCAAGAAAGAGAAUCACAACCGGCACAUCACAGAGAAGCUGGAAGUGCUGGGAAAAGCCUACACCGUCCAGGGGGACAAGUGGAGGGCUCUGGGCUACUCCAAAGCCAUCAAUGCACUCAAGAGCUACCACAAACCAGUCACCUCUUACCAGGAAGUCUGUCAGAUUCCUGGGAUCGGGAAGUGGAUGGCGGAGAAGAUCCUGGAGAUCUUGGAGAGCGGCCACCUGCGUAAGCUGGACCACAUCAGCGAGAGCGUGGCAGUGCUGGAGGUCUUCUCCAACAUCUGGGGAGCCGGAGUCAAGAAAGCCCAGAUGUGGUACCAACAGGGCUUCCGGACCCUGGACGAUAUCCGCACCCAGGCUCGUCUGACCCGCCAGCAGGCCGUAGGGUUGAAGCACUACGAAGACUUCCUGGAGCGAAUGCCGCGAGAGGAGGCUGCCGAAAUAGAACAGACUGUGCGAGAAGCAGCCCGGUCCCUGAACCCUGGGCUGGUGUGCAUGGCGUGCGGCUCGUACCGACGGGGGAAGGCCACCUGCGGCGAUGUGGACGUCCUGGUUACCCACCCUGACGGGCAGUCUCACCGCGGCGUCUUCGGCAAGCUGCUUGACAGCCUGCGGCGGAGCGGUACGUGGCUUGCAGCCGGGCGGCUGGCUGGCACGUUCCGCGAUGGGAGGCGAAGGGGUUUCCUCACCGACGACCUGGUGAGCCAAGAAGACAGCGGCACCCAGAAGAAGUACCUGGGCGUGUGCCGGCUGCCAGGGCCGGGCCGGCGCCACCGGCGCCUCGACAUCAUCGUGGUGCCCCACAGCGAGUUCGCCUGCGCCCUCCUGUACUUCACCGGCUCGGCCCACUUCAACCGCUCCAUGCGAGCGCUGGCCAAGACCAAGGGCAUGAGCCUGUCAGAGCACGCACUCCACACUGCCGUGGUGCGCGCCCCCGGCGGCCGCAAGGUGGGGCCCGGCCUCGUCCUGCCCACCCCCACUGAGAGGGACGUCUUCGUGCUGCUGGGGCUGCCCUACCGGGAGCCCACCGAGCGGGACUGGUGAUGGGGCUGGGCCCAACCCUCUCCUUCCUGCCCUCCAGGGUGUCCUGGGGGGAGCUGCCAGCUGCCUGAUGAGUCCUGCAGGCACCAGUGCCCUGGUGGGAUAGGGGGUUUCCCUGUCAGACACUGAAGGGGGGCACUCCUUCAUCUCGUAUCAUCCGGGCUCGCUCUGAGCUGGCCCCGAUGGACAGUGGCUGCUGUUGCUGCUAGUGGCACUUUGUGACUGUCCAGCCAGGCCUGGGAGUUGGGGUAUCACCAGCUCCGGAAUGUAGUUCAGUGGGCAGGGCCGGCUCCAGGCACCAACGCAGCAAGCUGGUGCUUGGGCGGCACGUCCGGGUCUUCGGCGGCGGGUCCCUCAGUCCCUCUCGGAGGGAAGGACCAGCCGCCGAAUUGCCGACGACGAAUGAAGCAGCGCUGUACAGCACCUGCGAAAUACCGCCGGUCCUGGCUUUUUUUUCUUUUCUCUUCGCCGCUUGGGGUGGCAAAAAAGCUGGAGCCGGCCCUGCUGCUGGGAUCCCUGGGGGUGGGGGUGCGUGUGAUGGCACCUCUGAUCCCAGGAGCGCAAUAGUUACACAUCGGCAGACGUAGCUCCGCAUCAGAGCCGCACAAACCCGCUCUCCAUCCCCGUGCAUCCCCAGGAGCUGCUAUUUUGUGGUGCUCGCGGCAUGCACGCCGGUCUGACGCCAUACAGGUAACGCUGCUGGGGGGGCAGGAGUGUUCCCAGCUGUCAGGUGAAUUCAGUUCUGCGGUCCCCUCGGGGUAACUACCAGCGAGCUCACCAGACCUCACAGCGUGGGCAUGCCGUGCCUUCCUCCCGUAUGGCUGCUCUCUCCUCUCUCACUCGUUUUCUCCAGUGCCUCGCUCUGAUGAUGUAGGCGGAUGCUGGUUUGUGAACCACACGCUGAUUUCUCUCCAGCAGCGCCCGGAGAGUCGGCGUGGACGGGAAAGCCACUGAGCAACAAUGCUGCUUUGCAGGCGCCGGGGCACUAACCCGGACAUUCACACCUAGCUUCCCGCUGGGCUCUUUGGUCCAGCUGCUGUCUCCUACCCGUCAGCCGGGGGUCUGCUCCCUCCCGCAGUGGGCUGGUGGAGGCUGAGCGGUGCCAGAAUGGGGUAGCAAGAGGAAUGCUGCUGUCAUCGAUUGCAAGGCCAGAAGGAACCACUGUGAUCAUCUAGUCUGACCUCCUGCGUGGCCAGCCAGAAACCUGCCCCCAGAUAUCCCGAGCUCAGAGCUUUGGAGAACACAGCCCGGCUUGAUUUAAAAACUUCGCGGGGGAGAAUCUGCCACGACCCUGGGAAAUUGGGUUCCUGGAAGGGAAGUACAAUAAAAUCCACCCGCUCUCCUC